AUGGACGAAGUUGUACAGAAGGCCAUCAGAGAAGUCGCCUCCAAGGCGAAGAAAGGCGUACCUUGGGAGUUCGACAAACCUUACGAUCAACCGUACUACACGUGGACAGGCAGCGAGUGGGAGGCCAAUAAUGCCAAUUCAUCGGCGAAUCAAACGGCUUCAGAGAUAUCUAAGCUAGCUCUCUACUCCUGGAACAUCGACUUCAUGCUUCCAUAUGCCGACUCUCGAAUGAGCAAAGGCAUUGCCCAUCUCAAGGGUUUGAUUGAAAGAGAUUCUGAGGAGUCCACCGCGAACAUCAUCUACCUCCAGGAGUGCGUCGAGUCGGAUCUAAAACUGCUGGCUUCUCAUCCCUGGGUUCGAGAAACCUUUGCGCUCACAGAUCUCGACAUCUCCUACUGGCAGUCUGGGCAUUACGGAACAGUGUCUCUGAUCGACCGCCGCCUUCCGAUAUCCAACUGCUUCCGUGUCCACUACUCUCAGACUCGCAUGGAACGAGACGGUCUCUUCGUGGAUGUCAACAUUCGUGGCAAGAACAUCCGCCUCUGCAACACACACCUCGAGUCGCUGGCUCUGGAACCGCCAUACCGCCCUCCACAGAUCAAGCUCUGCGCAGAAUACAUGCGCGCGUCUGGCAUAGAUGGUGCUGUGGCCGCAGGUGACUUCAACGCCAUCCAGGACUUCGAUCGUACAUUGCAUAGCGAGAACAGCCUGAAGGAUGCGUAUCUUGAGCUUGCAGGAAAGGAGGAUGAUAAGGAGGGCCACACGUGGGGACAGCAGGCCGCCACCGCCUUGCGAAACCAGUUCGGAACCAGCAGAAUGGAUAAGGUGUACUUCCGCGGUGGCCUUGAACUCCUUUCGUUGGAGAAGUUCGGUAGUAAUGUUUGUGUUGCGGACGCAGGCGAGGGAGAGGAUAUCGUCAAGCUGGGCUUCGACAAGCCUUGGAUCACGGAUCAUUUGGGCAUCAAAGCUGUGUUCGGUAUAGAACACGACAGCAAGCCCACAUCAUCUCUGUAG